CCCGCGCUCCGCUCCGCACGUCCCUGCGAUCCCGAACUCCGGCUCUUGGCGCCUGCCGAGUCGGGGCCCGGCCCUCGGCGCGCCGGGACUGCGGCUGUAGCCGCUUGGAGUGUGCGCGCGGGCACGUGUGCGCGGCCCCGAGAGCGCGCGCGUAGAGCCCCCAGUGUGUGGCGGCGGCGGCGGCGGCGCGGUGAGGCUGAGGUUCUUGUUUACCAGCAUUAACUCCGCUGAGCGGAAAAAAAAAGGAGGGGGGGGGGGAACCGAGGAGGAGCGAGCGCACCGGGCGAACUCGAGAGAGGCGAGCGACAGGGAAGCUGCCUGCGAGCCUGUCCCGGCGCGCCCGGCGCUCGCAGACCCUCGGCCCCGCUCUCCGGACCCUCCACGCCUCUCCCCGUGCCUGCGAGAGCUCCACGGCACGCGGCGUGCUCGGCUUUGACCUUCAGCGAGCCGGAGCCCCCGCGCACGGAGUCGGCGGCGGGCGGGGGCCGACGCGGGGCGGCGGGAGCGCUGAGCGCUGCGCGGCCGCCGCUUUGUGUGUGUCCUGGAUUUGGGAAGGAGCUCGCGGCGGCGGCGCUGAGGGAGGAGGCGGCGGCGAGCGGAGCCCAGAGGAGGAGGAGGAGCCGGAGGAGGGGGAACCGCUCAUUCAUUUCCACUCCGCAUUUCUGCCCCUCGCCGGCCUCGCCCGCGCCCGGGACUUCGGACCAGUCUCGCCAACUGCGUCGCGCUCUCCCGCCGCGUAGGCUCCGGUGGUCGUUCCCUCCGGGGAUCGGGUGGCGUUUGUCCUCGCCUGCGGCGAUUUGGGCUUUGCUCCUCUUUCUGUACAGUUUUCCUCCUUCUUCUGCAUCUCUGCGUUUGCAAAUGGAGGCCGACGACGCCGACAGCCCGCCCCGGCGCGCCCCGGCUUCCCGACUCCGCCGCCCCGUGGGCCGCUGCUGCCGGCGCUGAGGGGCCGCCCCGCGCCACCCUCCUUGUCCACGCCGCUUUCCGAGGAUCGUCGCCUGCGCUCUUGUUUUUGGACGAGAGUGAGGACUGAGUUGGAGACUUUUUUUUUCUUUUUUUCUUUUCUUUUUUUUUUUUUUUUCUAUUUUUGAGAAAAGGGAAUUUCGUCCCAAAUAAAAGGAAUGAAGUCUGGCUCCGGAGGAGGGUCCCCGACCUCGCUGUGGGGGCUCGUGUUUCUCUCCGCCGCGCUCUCUCUCUGGCCGACGAGUGGAGAAAUCUGUGGGCCCGGCAUUGACAUCCGCAACGACUAUCAGCAGCUGAAGCGCCUGGAAAACUGCACGGUGAUCGAGGGCUUCCUCCACAUCCUGCUCAUCUCCAAGGCCGAGGACUACCGAAGCUACCGCUUCCCCAAGCUCACCGUCAUCACUGAGUACUUGCUGCUCUUCCGAGUCGCUGGCCUCGAGAGCCUGGGAGACCUCUUCCCCAACCUCACAGUCAUCCGUGGCUGGAAACUCUUCUACAACUACGCACUGGUCAUCUUCGAGAUGACCAAUCUCAAGGAUAUUGGGCUUUAUAAUCUGAGGAACAUUACUCGGGGGGCCAUCAGGAUUGAGAAGAACGCCGACCUCUGUUACCUCUCCACCAUAGACUGGUCUCUCAUCUUGGAUGCGGUGUCCAAUAACUACAUUGUGGGGAACAAGCCCCCGAAGGAAUGUGGGGACCUGUGUCCAGGGACAUUGGAGGAGAAGCCCAUGUGUGAGAAGACCACCAUCAACAAUGAGUACAACUACCGCUGCUGGACCACAAAUCGCUGCCAGAAAAUGUGCCCAAGUGUGUGCGGGAAGCGAGCCUGCACCGAGAACAACGAGUGCUGCCACCCGGAGUGCCUGGGCAGCUGCCACACACCGGACGACAACACAACCUGCGUGGCCUGCAGACACUACUACUACAAAGGCGUGUGUGUGCCUGCCUGCCCGCCUGGCACCUACAGGUUCGAGGGCUGGCGCUGUGUGGAUCGCGAUUUCUGCGCCAACAUCCCCAACGCUGAGAGCAGUGACUCGGAUGGCUUCGUUAUCCACGACGAUGAGUGCAUGCAGGAGUGUCCCUCAGGCUUCAUCCGCAACAGCACCCAGAGCAUGUACUGUAUCCCCUGCGAAGGCCCCUGCCCCAAAGUCUGCGGCGAUGAAGAGAAGAAAACGAAAACCAUCGAUUCGGUGACUUCUGCUCAAAUGCUCCAAGGAUGCACCAUCCUGAAGGGCAAUCUGCUUAUUAACAUCCGGAGAGGCAAUAACAUUGCCUCGGAGUUGGAGAACUUCAUGGGGCUCAUCGAGGUGGUGACCGGCUACGUGAAGAUCCGCCAUUCUCAUGCCUUGGUCUCCUUGUCCUUCCUGAAGAACCUUCGUCUCAUCUUAGGAGAGGAGCAGCUGGAAGGGAACUACUCCUUCUAUGUCCUAGACAACCAGAACUUGCAGCAGCUGUGGGACUGGAACCACCGGAACCUGACCGUCAGGUCCGGAAAGAUGUACUUUGCUUUCAAUCCCAAGCUGUGUGUCUCCGAAAUUUACCGCAUGGAGGAAGUGACCGGAACCAAGGGACGCCAGAGCAAAGGGGACAUAAACACCAGGAACAACGGAGAGCGAGCUUCCUGUGAAAGUGAUGUUCUCCGUUUCACCUCCACCACGACCUGGAAGAACCGAAUCAUCAUAACGUGGCACCGGUACCGGCCGCCGGACUACCGGGAUCUCAUCAGCUUCACAGUUUACUACAAGGAGGCACCAUUUAAAAACGUUACGGAAUAUGACGGGCAGGAUGCCUGUGGCUCCAACAGCUGGAACAUGGUGGAUGUAGACCUGCCUCCGAACAAGGAGGGCGAGCCUGGCAUUUUACUGCAUGGGCUGAAGCCCUGGACCCAGUAUGCUGUCUAUGUCAAGGCUGUGACCCUCACCAUGGUGGAAAACGACCAUAUCCGUGGGGCCAAAAGUGAAAUCUUGUACAUUCGCACCAAUGCUUCAGUCCCUUCCAUUCCCCUAGAUGUCCUCUCAGCAUCAAACUCUUCCUCUCAGCUGAUUGUGAAGUGGAAUCCUCCAACUCUGCCCAAUGGUAACUUGAGUUACUACAUUGUGAGGUGGCAGCGGCAGCCCCAGGAUGGUUACCUGUACCGGCACAACUACUGCUCCAAAGACAAAAUACCCAUCAGAAAGUACGCCGAUGGUACCAUCGACGUGGAGGAGGUGACGGAAAAUCCCAAGACAGAAGUGUGUGGUGGUGAUAAAGGGCCAUGCUGCGCUUGCCCUAAAACUGAAGCUGAGAAGCAGGCUGAGAAGGAGGAGGCUGAGUACCGUAAAGUCUUUGAGAAUUUCCUUCACAAUUCCAUCUUUGUGCCCAGGCCCGAAAGGAGGCGGAGAGACGUCAUGCAAGUGGCCAACACGACCAUGUCCAGCCGAAGCAGGAACACCACGGUAGCUGACACCUACAAUAUCACAGACCCGGAGGAGUUCGAGACAGAGUACCCUUUCUUUGAGAGCAGAGUGGAUAACAAGGAGAGGACUGUCAUCUCCAACCUCCGGCCUUUCACUCUGUACCGCAUCGAUAUCCACAGCUGCAACCACGAGGCUGAGAAGCUGGGCUGCAGCGCCUCCAACUUCGUCUUUGCGAGAACCAUGCCAGCAGAAGGAGCAGAUGAUAUCCCUGGUCCGGUGACCUGGGAGCCAAGACCCGAAAACUCCAUCUUUUUAAAGUGGCCAGAACCCGAGAACCCCAACGGAUUGAUCCUAAUGUAUGAAAUUAAAUACGGGUCGCAAGUCGAGGAUCAGCGGGAAUGUGUGUCCAGACAGGAGUACAGGAAGUACGGAGGGGCCAAACUCAACCGUCUAAACCCAGGGAACUAUACAGCCCGGAUUCAGGCUACCUCCCUCUCUGGGAAUGGGUCAUGGACAGAUCCUGUGUUCUUCUAUGUCCCCGCCAAAACGACGUAUGAGAACUUCAUGCAUCUGAUCAUUGCUCUGCCGGUUGCCAUCCUGCUGAUCGUUGGGGGGCUGGUUAUCAUGCUGUAUGUCUUCCAUAGAAAGAGAAAUAACAGCAGGUUGGGCAAUGGAGUGCUGUAUGCUUCUGUGAACCCCGAGUAUUUCAGCGCAGCUGAUGUGUACGUGCCUGAUGAAUGGGAGGUAGCUCGAGAGAAGAUCACCAUGAACCGGGAGCUCGGACAAGGGUCCUUUGGGAUGGUCUAUGAAGGAGUGGCCAAGGGUGUGGUCAAGGAUGAACCCGAAACCAGAGUGGCCAUCAAGACGGUAAACGAGGCUGCAAGUAUGCGUGAAAGAAUCGAGUUUCUCAACGAGGCCUCGGUGAUGAAGGAGUUCAAUUGUCACCAUGUGGUCCGGUUGCUGGGUGUGGUAUCCCAAGGCCAGCCCACCCUGGUCAUCAUGGAACUAAUGACACGCGGUGAUCUCAAAAGUUAUCUCCGGUCUCUGAGGCCAGAAGUGGAGCCCCGGCUGUCCUGGAACUCGCUUCGUAGACCAGGCUGGCCUCGAACUCUCAGAGAUUCGCUUGCCUCUGUCUCCCAAGUGCUGGCAUUAAAGCAGAAUAAUCUAGUCCUCAUUCCUCCGAGCUUAAGCAAGAUGAUCCAGAUGGCUGGAGAGAUUGCAGAUGGCAUGGCCUACCUCAAUGCCAACAAGUUCGUCCACAGAGACCUUGCUGCUAGGAACUGCAUGGUAGCCGAAGAUUUCACAGUCAAAAUUGGAGAUUUCGGUAUGACACGAGACAUCUACGAGACGGACUACUACCGGAAAGGCGGGAAGGGGUUGCUGCCUGUGCGCUGGAUGUCUCCCGAGUCCCUCAAGGAUGGUGUCUUCACUACUCAUUCUGAUGUCUGGUCCUUCGGGGUCGUCCUCUGGGAGAUCGCCACGCUGGCUGAGCAGCCCUACCAGGGCUUGUCCAACGAGCAAGUUCUUCGUUUCGUCAUGGAGGGUGGCCUUCUGGACAAGCCGGACAACUGCCCUGAUAUGCUGUUUGAACUUAUGCGCAUGUGCUGGCAGUAUAACCCCAAGAUGCGGCCCUCCUUCCUGGAGAUCAUCGGCAGCAUCAAGGAUGAGAUGGAGCCCAGCUUCCAGGAGGUCUCCUUCUACUACAGCGAGGAGAACAAGCCUCCCGAGCCAGAGGAGCUGGAGAUGGAGCCUGAGAACAUGGAGAGCGUCCCACUGGACCCUUCGGCCUCCUCAGCCUCCCUGCCUCUGCCUGAAAGACACUCAGGACACAAGGCUGAGAAUGGCCCGGGCCCUGGCGUGCUCGUUCUCCGCGCCAGUUUUGAUGAGAGACAGCCUUACGCUCACAUGAACGGGGGACGCGCCAACGAGAGGGCCUUGCCUCUGCCCCAGUCCUCGACCUGCUGAUCCUCGGACACACCGAAGCACGCGCCAACAGUAACGUGUGUGCGCCCACUCGGUGGGCGGGGGGGCGGGGAGGGGAGAGCAGGUUGUAACAAUCUAUUCACAAGCCUCCUGUACCUCAGUGGAUCUUCAGACCUGCCAUUGCUGCCCACGGGAGACGGCUUCUCUGCAGUAAACACAUUUGGGACCUUCCUUUUUUCAAUAUGCAAGCAGCUUUUUAUUUCCUUUACCCGAACCCUUAACUGACAUGGGCCUCUGCAAACCUUAAUGACAACACUUAAUAGCAACAGGACACUCGAGAAUUGAGUCUCUUCGUUCUCUGCCUUUUUCUCUCCUCUGCCUUCCCUCUCUGCCCUCUCCCCUUCCACUUCCACGCUCUCCUUUCUCUCUUUUCUGCUUUACAGUGGAAAAAUGUUUGUGAACGCCCAUCUGGGAAGCCUUCUUUUUUAAAAAAAAAAAAAAAAUCAGAUUGACUUAAUGGCUGCCCCUGGGGCUCCUCAUCACCCCGCAUACACCUGCCUGACACCGUAGGUCUUUUAAAAAAAAGAAAAGGAAAGAAAAAGAAAAAAAAUUCACACACUGAGAUGGAAUUUUUUUUAACCUUUUUUAGGGUCACCCCAAAAUUUAAAAGGGCCAUUGUUCAUCCGUGGCUAUCAUUUUUCACGCUGCCAUUUUUGCCAAAAUCCUGUUUUCGGUUUGGUUUUUCUCACACGCAUAUACUCCCUGCGCUGAUUUCCCUUUGUCCAGAGGCGUGGGAUGAACCAUGGUGUCUGGUUGAUGAUAACAUUUGAGAGACACGUGCUGAGGCCCCCCACUGUGCCCGGCUCUCCCAGCCCACAUCUCCUGGGUCUCGUUGCAUGGUUACCGUUUGGGAGAACUGGACAAGAUGGAACUCGCCCUCCUUGAAGAAGGGGAAAGCAGAACUGGUUCUCCACCCCUCCCCCACCCACAGCACCCCAAGAAUUCUGGAGGAAGUGGCCAUGGGCAAGCUUGAAGGUCAGGUUGUGGGUCAAGGUGGUCCUCACACCAGCCUCGUCCCCCUCCCCGACCUCCCUCCUGCCCCUCCCCUGAGGGCCACACACUCGAAAGGGUUCCGGGGACUCGGCCUGGCUGUUGGUUAUGGAUGUUCGAGGAAGGGAUUCAGAGCCACAGCAGCCUGGAGCCGCCCGCCCAGGCAGUGGAUCCAAGCAGUGUGAGCUUUCACAUGGUCUGUUACUAGGACUUCUUCAUGGGUCUCUCAGUUCUAUGUUAGACCGUGAAACAUUUGCAUACACAUCGUCUUUAAUGUCAGUUUUAUAACUUUUUUACAGUUCAGAUAUUCAUCUAUACAUCUGUACAGGAAAAGAAAAGCUGCUAUUUUUUUUUUGUUCUUUAUCUUUGUGGAUUUAAUCUAUGAAACUUUCAGGUCUACCCCUUCUUCCUUUCUGCUCACUCCAAGAAACUUCCUCUGCUUAUCACUAGAGUGUGGUUUUUCUUCCUCUUCUCCGGCAACUGAUGCUUCUAGGACAUAACUUGCCGUGAACUGUUUGAUGCCUUUUUUAUAAAUACAUCUCCCUUCCCCUGCUCCCUGCAGCCCCAUUCAUUACCCUCUAACCCAUAGGCUCUGUGAGCACAGUCACAGGUGAGGGAGUGGGGAGGGUGGGAGUCCAGAGCCCACAGACUCCUGGGCCCUACUCUCUCCUUUCCUUGCUUCCCCGCACACAGCAUCUGCUCCAGGGCAAGGCAUGCCACAAACUCAGGUCAGAAACAAAAAGGUUAAAAAUCCCACACAUCCUGGUUUAGUGUUUCUAGUCCCUGUUGUUGAAAGUCACACUUUGCUUUCUCUCCUUGCUUUGGUUCACACACACACACACACACACACACACACACACACACACACACCCCAAUUUGGGAAUACAAUAGCAGUUUUAACUGCAGACAAUAGUCAUUGGAUUAUUAUUUAAAUGAAUAUUUGAUCUUUCACACACACACACACACACACAAUAGCUGCUGAGUCCCCAGGAUGCAGCAGAGCUGGUCCAGUGGCCCAUCUGCCACCUCCUUCACAAGCAGGCCCACCUGUCUUUAGAACCAGCUUGUCUGAAGGGGUGGCCUCCCUGGGAGCAAGAUGUAAGACACCAACUCCCCAUGGCCAGGAGCAGCAACUUUAGUGGGUGUGCUAUAAAGCCCACUCCCGGGCCGGAAAUCCCAAAGUGGAGUAGAGCUGACCCUACAGUGGCCCUAGAGCCCCUUGCUGUUCCUCCUUAACCAGAAUCCCGGAGCUCUGGGCUUGGAGGCCCCUCCCCCUGGAGUGGGGUUGGGGGAGGGGUCCUGUCUUGUUUCGAUUUAGCACUUCUUACCAGAGCAGUGACAGCGCGAGAGAUGCUUCUGGGUGGAAAUAUUUAAAUUAGGAGUAGGAAAACUGUUGGAUGAUGAUGGUUGCAGUUGUGACUGGAGAUUAGAUGCAGGAAGGAAAGCUGGAGUUGUCUGGCUUGUCUGUAGGUUCAGGCUUGUGGCUCUUCCUAGCCUCUGCCCUUAAAGGGAAAAGGAGGGGGGAAGCUUAUUAAGAAGGUAUUUCAUGUAGGAGUUUUAAUUUAUUUUGUGAUACCUGUUUUAAUCACUGUAGAAAAGCCCCUGUUAUGGAUUUAAAUGCUGAGGAAAGGGUACAUGUAUCUCUGUGUAUGUGUGUAUUAGAUGGGACAGUUUUGGGGGGUUUUUUUGGGGGGGCUUGUUUUUCAAACAUUUAUCUACCUCACUCUUGUUUUUCAUGUGUGUGUGUGCAUAUAUAUAUAUCACAUAUAUAUAUAUAUAUAUAAUACAUCUCACACUUCUCAGUACCUGACAGUAGGCCAAUGAUCCUGGUAACCUCAGCCACUCCGCAGGCCACAUACCCAGGUGAAGCAGAGAGGGGCCAGGCUGGAUUCUGGGGUUAAAGCAACGCUAACUCAAAUGAGCAGCCUCUUCCUGCUCUGUCUCCAAAAGCCCACUUUUCCUAGGGCAACUCUGGUCUUUCUCCUCACCUGGUCCCCUACUUUUCAACCCAGCAGUCACCAUGAGCACAGCACGCCAGUGGAGGGGGGCUCCCCGGCCCAUCCUCAGCUGGCUGACUUUGGAACAGAACUUUCUCUACAGAUUGAAUGACUGACAAAUUCUAUCCCUAAGAGAGCAGGUACUCCCAGGUUUUGAGGGCAGGAGGCACCCACACGUAGGUUGUCUUGAGAGUCCCAAUGUGUGCACAUGUCAGGGUGCCCUGUCAGCCCCCUCAGCUGCUCCUCUGAGACCUGCACCGAGGCAGGGGCAUGCCACCAUUGCUCUCCUGGCAUUGGUUCCUCUUGGAGGUACAGCGGUCAGGGAGCUCCCCCUUCUGCUUCUGACAGAAGGCCAGUAUAAAAAAGGGGGCAAGACGAAGCCUGUGCCCCCUGCAGGCUGCUGUCCUUCCCUCUUCUUCCCUCCCUUCCCCCCCCCCCCCCGCAACCCCCAGGGCUAAACAAGGACUGACCAAAUCUUGAGGCUGGAAGGCCAGUGGUUGGCGCCUAGCCUUCCCCGUGCUCUGCCUCUGUCCACCCAUCCGUCUGCUGCUCACAGGUGGACAGUGCAAUCCUCAACUCCAGCAGCUGCUCUUACAGGCCCUGGGGACUUCAGCUGGGGACCGCGGUGGCUAAUCUUUUCCCCCAGUAUGGAGAAACUGCCUAACAGUUCGGUUAAGCUCAGGAGCCCUUCGCCUCCUGCUGGAAUGCUGCCCUUCUCUGGGUUCCUAGAUGCUCACAGGGUCACUGGGAGAUACUGUUUGAUCAGGGUUUUCUUCUACACUGUAGGUGACACUCUGGGAUAGUGGCCUAUCCUCUCGCACAUACCUGCCGGUUUUCCACAACUGGAUUUCUACAGUUCAUUCAAUUGAUUUUAAGGGUUUUUUUUUUUCCUUAUUAUUAUUAUUUUUGAAACUGUCCGAGUUGUUGGUGUUUUGUUUUUGCGUGGGUGUUAUUUUUUUUUUUCCUUUAAGUAGAGAGACGGCACCAACAGCGUAGUGGCCGUCAUAAACUAAUGCUCCAGAAACACUUCAAUAAAAAGAAAAGGUUGGCUUGUACGAGGGUGCAGUCGUUCUGCUGGACUGACGCGCCCCGACUAUUGCAAGGCAUCAUAUCCACAGUUCUAGCCUGAUCUCAUGCUGAUGUUCCCCGCCUCUUCCUGAUUUUUCUCUUUACAAGCUUCAAGUACUCCUACCAAGCUGAGUCGUGGCCUUUUUCACUCGAGCCCACCCCCACCCAACCCCCCCUUCUGAUAGGAGCUCACACUGCUUGAAGUCACAUGAACCACUGAGGCACAGCAUGCAGGUGACGUGAACAUCCAGGUGUGCCCCCACACAGCCCUUCCUGAGGCGUGGAGAUAGAGCUGAACCUGAGCUGGGUGGGGCCCACGCUUCGCCAUCUCCUUUCAGGAAUGUCCUAACAUUGGAUUCAGAGAUGGGAUGAGGCUCCCUCCUUGAGAUAUAAAAGACUGUUCAAGGUUGCUCUUUUUCCUACCUGCCUGUUUCUUAUGACUCGGGACUGUUCAACGGUAGGAAAAGCAGCUUCAUAAACUAGAAAAGCGAUCACGGUGAGACGAGCAGAUGGCGGAGUGGUAUACAGGAGUUUUUAGGGUGGGCUGACAGAUGGAUGAGCUCUGUAUGAUGCCAAGUCCUAAGCCAGCCUGAGCUCCCGGAGCCUCGGCCUUAGCAGCCCACCUCUUUUGGCAGUGCCUGUGCCUGAGGUAAGCAAGCAGUGGUGGCAAGGUCACACUGAGCUCAUGUGGGUGAGGAGUCUAGGAUGCUUACCCAAGGCCCUCUGUUGUCAUCGUUGGGUCCUCUGAGAGUGGCCACAGAGUGCUGAAAGCAUCUCCUUUCCUAAACACUGGCAUCCAGGAGGAGACAGGACCACUCCAUCAAAAUGCUUUGGCCCAUUUUAGCAGUAAUGAAUUUACGGUUUGGGAUUUUUUUUUUCCCUUUGGUUUUUGUUUUUAAUGUUACUUUUAUGUUUGUCUGAUGUCUUUUCAUUUCCUGGGCUAAGCAGCUGCAUUGGGAGACCUGGACCAGAGAGAUCCACCCCUUAAGAACCAGUGAUGAUGGUCAAACUUUUAACAGUCCACUUUGAACUAGGUGGUGGUACAAAUGAGAACUUCAAGACAGGAUGUCUGUGUAAAAUUGAACCUCUCUUGCCAGAGAUGCUGAAGAUACAGACCUUGGACAGGCCAGGGGUCUUUGCUUUGGGCUUCCAGCUUGGAUGACCAGUUGGCGAUUUAGAGAAACGAACAUUCCUUGAUGGGAUGACAGAGUGACGGUGCAGUAGGCACCCUUGGUAACCGGCAUCGUGACAUGACGGGAAUUGCUGACAGAGGGUUAAAGGGCCUGGAAGAAGCAUGGACCAUAUUUGGACUUGAUGGUGUCUGAAGGUGUCAGAGCAUGUGGAGGCUGGGGAGUCAACUGUGGGCAUUUGGUUUCAGAUAAGACACUUGGCAUCCUGCUCUGGAAACUUCUCCUUAGAGCUAAGUCACGUGCGGAAGGACUCAGACUCCAUCACACUCAUCAGAUGAGUUGUCGGUCUGGGGCAUGACGUUAGGGAUUGAUUUGAUUUUGGUUUCUGUGAGAACUUCAUAAUCACUGAUUUGUGUGUCCACAUUUGUGUCUGCAUCUUUCCAGUAAACCAUUCUUUAAAUUACUCAUUAUCCUUUCAAUAGGGCUUCUAAGUCCAGUAGAUUACGGGUAGUCGUUGACGAAGCUCUGGUUUACAAGAACUAAUUCAAUGUUUCAUUGCAUUUUUGUAAGAACAUAGAAUAAUUUUAUAAAAUGUUUGUAGUUUAUAAUUGCCGAAAAUAAUUUAAAAACACUUUUUUUUUCUCUCUGUGUGUGCAAAAAUAUGUGUUUGUGGUCUUUUUUCCCCCUCUUUGUUUCCUUUUUCUUUUUUGACACUUGUUUACUAGCUAGCUUUACAAUAUGCCAAAAAUAAAAAAUAAAAACUUAAAAAAAUUAAUUAAAAAGAAAUUCUCCCCAGGACCAAUUGUGGUUCACCCUCUUUCCCACAUGCUUUCUGCUCUAGUUUGUAAAAAAAUAAAUAAUAAAUAAAUAAAACAAAAAAAAAUAAAACAGAUAAAAAUAAAAACAAAACAAAAGGAAUGCCAGUGGUUUAAAAAGUACUUCUGUAUUCUUCAGUAUCUUGAUCUUGGAACCCUUUGCUGGGGAAAGGAAUUAUCUGGGACUCACUGUUCCCUGUGGAGUGUAGCAGCCCAAACAGAUGGAAAGAACUGCUGGCCAUGGAAAUAGCAGUGUGUGGCCACCCAGCAAAGAGAUGGCACUCCAUGGUGACAUCUGGCUGGUAUGGCUGGUCCUAGCUCUGCAACACUAUGGAGAUGGGAGGGUUUCAGGACACUGGAAUGGCUUCACAGUGAUCACAUGACUCUGAUGUGCAGCCCGUGGGCACAUGUGCCUCAGAUCCUAACGAAUGCUGUGCCUACCUGUAUCUAAUGGCGAACGCCGAAGGUCCAUUGUUUUCUAAUACAGAACAAACUGGUAACAAAAACCACAAUGUGUGUCCCCUCGCCCCCUUUUUUCAAAUUAAGAUCCAUGUCCUUUGGCUCCCCGUGCAUUAUUGGCCAUGUCUCUCUGGUUCCACAAGAUACCGUUGUUGAAAACACAUGGAACUUUCUAACACUGCAGGAAAAAGGUCUGGGAACCAUUUGUGGGUUUGGUUUGGUCUUUCAGUUUCUUGUGGGUGUUGGGCAGUGUGCAGACACAUGUACAGGUGGAGUAGGUGCCUGCCUGGUGACAACCCCUGUCUGCUUCCUAUGCCAGUGAGGUUGAAGUAAGAGUUUUGCCAGAGUUCAUCUACCUCUGGGAUUUAAAAAAACAAAACAAAAGUCAAAAGGCUCGAUGGAGCGGACACAUCGCCAAUAAUGCAUUUCUGAGUUUUCUUGUUAAAUUUUUUCUUAAAAAAAGAAAAAAAAAGUCUAAAAAAGAUAAUAAUAUGGCCAAUUUGUUACAUAAAAUAACUUUCUGUGUAUAAAUUAUUCCUAAAAAAAAAAACCCUCUGUUUAUAUAUAAAAGAAAAUCAGUAGAUGAAAAAAAAUUCAAUGUUUUUGUAUAUUCUGUUGUAAGAAUUUAUUCCUGUUACUGCGACAUACUCGGGAUUCUUUACAUUAUGAAAAAAGAAACUUUGUCUAUUUUGAAUGGCUAAAGCUAAGGCCACUUGAGUCUAUUACUCUGCUUUUUUCUAGUAGUUAAAGUACCACAUGGAUUAAGUUAAAUAAAAGAAUUCUGUAUGCA